AUGACGCUUGCCCCAGCAACUCAUUCCGUCCCGGAAGCCCCCAAUGAAAAGCAUUCAGGGCACAAAGAGGAAUUAAAAGCACUUGUUAAGAAUUAUAAGGGUAUCGACUCUGUGAAGCCCGUCCUGAAAGAGUUUCUCAAAAAGUCCGAUUUCUUCUGUUUGCUAUAUGACGUCUUUGAACAUCAUCUCUCCCUGGCAAAGACUCGUUCACAGGCAUUGGGCGAUGGGCAGAUCACCGUUUAUGAUAAGGCUCUGCUCGAGCUAACCAACAACGGGACGGAGACGUAUAACCUGGGUGCGUUCGAGUUGUUCCUCGAUGAGGUGAUGGGAAUGAAGAGCGUUGAAACUGUGGAUUUGGAGGCUUUGGUUAUCAAGAAUGUGGCUGUGAAGAGCCUAUUGGUGCAUGCUACCCGCGCCGAGCCAGGGACGAUCGCCGUCCCCAUUCUAACUAUCACUGAGGGAAAAUCUCCAAAUGACAAAACUGGUAGCGUAAAGUAUGAAACCACCAACAACGCAAAGGAACUCAAAACCAUAAAGGACAGCCUCUCCCGUAUCCUUGCCACCUUUUCCAACGCGCAGCAGGAAUAUAAGGCAAUCCCAGAUAGUGAUGUUGUCGCCAAGUCCCGCGCAGCGAAAUUCCUCCGCGACACGGCUGAAAAUGCCCUCACCUACAUGCAUUCCCGCCAAAUGAAGCACCAUAUGGCUCCGGAACUGGAGGUGGCAUUCCAGAUGGCAAAGGAGAAAGCCACUGCUCUCAGUGGGGGCAGGAAAAGACGCUUUGAGGUUCAUGACCAUGACUAUAGCGACUUCCGACCUUCCUCAUCCUCCCGUGGUGUGAAACAUUCGUCUAGCUCGCGUCAUCACCGAGCCACCCAUCGUAGAGGAGAUCGCUACCCUCUGAGCAUCCAGCUCCCUGUUCCACUCCGUUCCAUAACUCCAGCAUUAUUCUCUGUAACGAAAGACAUGCCGUCCCCCAACUCCUCAAGUCCCUUGAACCCCCAGUUGACUCCCGAAGAUGAAAGUUCCGUAUCAAGAGACCGGGACGCCGCACCAUCCAAUCGAGCGCAGCCUCCCGAACUCAGGACACUACAAACUAAUUUUGAGGGGGAAGGACAAGGCGAUGCUAUAGUGAAGCUCCGGGAAAGGGGACAUCAUGACUUCAGUUUUGAUGAGAGUGAUGAAGACGGAAACGAUAUUCGUCAUAAAGAAACGGAUGUCUACGAUGACUUCCCUUCCAAGGGCUUUACGAUCGAAGAAGAGAGGCGCGUGGUAAGGAAGUUUGACAGAAAACUAACCAUGUUCAUGGCACUGUUAUAUAUGUUAUCGUUUCUGGACAGGUCUAAUAUUGGGAACGCGCGGAUCGCAGGCUUGGAAAAUGACCUGAGACUUACGUCCUCGCAAUUCGAAUGCGUUCUUACGGCAUUUUAUAUCACAUACAUUUCUUUUGAAUGGAUGAUGCUCAUGUAUAAAGUCGUCCCUGCACAUAUCUACGUUUCUCUCUGUUGCUUCUCAUGGGGCCUCAUUGCCGCAUGCCAAUCUCUCGUGUCCUCAUUCUGGGCACUUGUGCUUCUAAGGGCCCUCCUUGGUACCGCUGAGGCCGCCUUUGGCCCGGGCCUUCCGUUCUACCUCUCUUUUUUCUACAAGCGUGAGGAACUCGCAUAUCGUACGGGGAUGUUUAUAUCUGCAGCCCCGCUUGCAACGUCCUUCGCUAGCACCCUUGCAUGGGUUAUAGUGAAGCUCAGCAAAGAUGGCCCUAUCGCCCCAUGGCGCUCAUUGUUCCUACUCGAAGGUUUCCCUAGCAUUAUCGUAGCGAUUUUCGCGUGGAUCUACGUCCCCGACAGCCCUGGCAGAGCCCGAUAUCUUACGCCUCGAGAGAGAAAAAUUGCAAAGCUACGGUUGAAAAUAAGAAGCGGCAUAAGCCAUAGGGAUAAAAGACGCAAGCGACGAUUUGACUGGAGCGAGAUUUGGCGAACGCUUCGCGACCCCAAAUCGUAUCUCACGGCGCUUAUGUUCUUUAGCUGCAAUGUCGCUUUCAGUUCGAUGCCAGUCUUCCUCCCCACCAUACUCAAAGAUAUGGGCUACUCAACCCUAACGUCUCAAGCCCUCUCCGCCCCGCCCUACAUUCUAUCAUUCGUAAUAGUCCUCCUCACCGCCUCUCUGUCAGACCGACGACGCACCCGCAGUCCCUAUAUCAUAACUCACGCCCUCAUCAGCUCAUGCGCGUACCUAGCCAUUGCUCUAACGGGACAUUUCCACACCCACCUCUCGUCCACCGUUCAAAUUCUCAUUCGCUACAUAGCCAUCUACCCUGCUGCUGCGGGAUUCUUCUCCGCCAUCACAGUAAUCAUCACAUGGACGAUGGACAAUCAGCCCGCGAAAGAAGGUAAAGGAACCGGAAUGGCAAUCUUGAAUAUCAUUGGACAGUGUGGGCCACUUGUUGGCACGAGAUUGUAUCCGGACACGGAUGGGCCAUGGUAUGUAAGGGGCAUGGCGGUUUGUGCACUCUUUAUGCUCUUGGUUGCGGGAUUUGCGCUCGCGCUGAAGGUGCUUUUGCAAAGAGAGAACAAGCGAGUUUUAGGGGGUAAGGAUAUGCUGGAGGGGGAAGAGAUCGAGAUGGCUGAAGGGGAAUCUUUGGGCUUAAUUGGGCGAGGCUCCAACUCGGGUAGGUCGUCGACAGCUGGAGGGGAGAGAAAUUCUCGUGACGGCACAUUUAUAUAUAUCGAUCUGUGGUUGUACAAAUUUUUUGAAGAUACGCGGAGCAGUGCGAAAUUCAAAAGACAAGGCGCCCGGGAUUCUGUUAGGGGUCGCAACUUCGUCAGCGAUUUUCCUGAUUCGACGAUUCGACGACAUGGGAAAGUAUUCAUAUAUCCCAACGGCAAUCACUUUGAUGCUACGUAG